AUGGAAGGACAGGGGAACGCGCCCUCUGCAAAACAGCCCGCAUGUCUAAACUGCCGUCGCAGUAAGAUCCGCUGUAACCGACCGGCGGGCCAUGCGCGAUGCGAGAAGUGUCGCCAGGCGGAUGCCGACUGCAUCGUGCCGAGCCACCAUCUUGGAAGACAGAAGGGAGUGAAGAACAAGCGGAAGGGUCUGGAAAAGGCAAUCCAUCAGAUCGAGCAGGCUAUUAAGCGGCCCAAGGUUGAUCCAGAGGGACCAGAUGAUGCACAGAAGGCCAUCUCGGGGCUGCAGGAGUUGCUCACUCGUUUUCAGGGGCAAUUGCAGAAUGAAGAUGUCUUUGAGAGCCCUGAUCGAUCGCGCAAUCUGCCGUCUCCGUCUCGGGAUACGAGUGCGGAGGAAAGUCUUGCUCUCGAUGAUGCGGAGAAUCCUCUGCAGCUGCUUGCCAGAGCCUCGGAUCUUCAGCUGUCACCAAUAGGAGUACGACAUGUCCCAAAAUCUUCGCUACCAUCUAUAGCGCCCUUGCCACAGGAGAGCAGUGAGCUUGAAAUGAGUGCAAAGUCGUUCUUCGUGCCUGCCAGAGCUCACUUGGAUGUUGGGUCUGAGUUAGAUCCUGUUGAUCUGGGACUUGUCACAUUUGACGAGGCUGAAUCUUUGUUCUCCUUCUUCUAUCAGAAUCUCGCACACACACGAUGGGGCCUAGAUCCCAUUGUACACACGCCAGAUUUUGUGCGAGCGCAGUCUGCAUUUCUAUUCACCUCAAUCAUGGCAGCCGCGGCACUGUUCUUAUCAUCUGCCACUGCAUUGUCGAAAAGACUCUCUAGGCACUGCAAGUGGCUUGCGAAGCGAAUGGUGACAAAUCGCUAUAGGUCGGUAGAAAUAGUACUGGCCUUUAUGGUAAAUGUCCCAUGGAUGCCCCCAGGGGACAGAUUGGGCGAUGAUGAUACGUGCUCGUAUAUAGCCAUGGCACUCACUGUUGCCUUGGACUUGUCGCUGAACAAGAUUGUCACACCGUCUUCGAGUUUCGAUCAAGAUCUAUUAAAUCGUCUUGCUCGGGCAGACUGUAUUGAUGCGAAGAGAGCGCUGCAUAUGGAUGGGUUUGAUGACGUUGACCCUUACUCGGAGUGGGGUCGCCGAUUACUGCGAAGACGAGAGAGGACUUGGAUCGCGUUAUUUGUUGUUGAAAGAGGUGUUUGCCUUGCCCGAGGACGAAGUUAUACUGUACCUCCUACAUCACUUAUUGAGAACUGCGAUGUGUGGCAUCGGGCAGACAUUGCAGAUCGGCGUGACGGACCGAUGAACUCGAUGGCAGUCCUGCGAAGGGACCUAGAUAAUCUCUUUAGAAAGGUCAAGGCGAGCUGCGACAGUUAUCGAAUCGUCGAUACCGGAUCUGAAGCUGCUCAAGCCAUCGAGAAGACUAUCGAGACUUUCUACGAGCGCUGGUACGCAACGUGGGAAUUGGCAAUCAGUGAAGGCGGAGCACGCUCUCUCCCACCGUACGUCGAGAUUUUAGUGACACAUACUCAACUAUCCACCUACGGCGGUGUCAUCAACCACCCCACAGCACCUCUUGAAGUAAAGCGCUUCUUCAGAGCAGCAGGACUAUCCUCCGCCCUAAACGUUCUCCGAGCCGCCAUCCAAGGAGAAGGACGACUGAAAUCCAUGCCAAAUAAUACGGUCAUCAUGAUAUCUUUCGCAGCUUGCUCAGCUCUCAGUCUCAGUGUGAUCCCAGGCGACAGUCGGUCGAGUCUAGCUCCCAGUGUGCGGACUCUGAUCGAAGAGACCGCAGGUGUCCUGGAGCGAAUAGGAGCCACCCCGAGUCACCGUGGAGGAGCAUCGGUGUUGUAUGGUAAAUAUCUGCGCGAGUUGAUCCGACGAGGACCAGCUAUGCCUAACAAACAGCUUCGAUCUGAUGCACGACCCGUCGACAUCCCGGAUCCUGUUUUACCACCCACUAGCCUGGGUGAUCAGUCGUUGGCAACAACGCAGACUCUACCGCCAGGAGAUAUCUGGACCGAGCCGAUGCAGUUCUCCUCCAUGUCUGAUAACCAGAUUAUCGAUGCAGUCAACCGUGCUGGAAGUGCAUUUGGAGCGUCGAUACCAGACGUACCUGUUGACGAUAUGCUCAGCUGGGAUUGGCUUGAUUUUGCCAACACCGAUUUCAAUUUUUAA